GGAUCCCUCGUGUUAUGCGAAAGAAUGAAUGCUGAAGUACAGUUCAGUUGUAACUUUUCAAUGCAACAAUUUGGAUAUUAUGAAGAAGUCUUUUCAAACUUUUGUUUCGGUGGACUUUUUUUUUUACUCAGCUUUAAUAUGUAAUACAUUUUAAUCAAUCAUUCUUUAAUUCCUCCCUACAUAUAACCCUUUAUAAAUUCUGCAUAAUGUUGCAUUGGCUUACGAUAUUAAAUAUACUCUAUCAGUUCAAAACUUGCUAUUGAAUAAAUGUCACGAAACCGUUUGAUCGGUUGUACUUGGAACACUUAGGCCUACUAGACUCUUGUAUGUUGAUAUUGGUUCUGUUGUUUUCGAUUGUACCUGAUUGGACCCUAAAAAUCUAAUAUCCACAUACAUGUAGCUACUUACUACAGUACGUCAAACCUAUUACAGUGCGGGGGGGGGGGGCUUCCAGCCCCCAGUGGAAAAGGUGUGUCAUUAGUGUGACGUCACCGGCGUACCUGAGUAUCGGCCGAGGGAAGUGGGCGGGUGAGCCCGACCAAAGGAGGAAAAAAAAAAAAACAGGCUGAGGAGACAUACGUUGUACUUGAUCCCGGUACUUCGUUUAUCGACUCGACCUGCUGCUGACAAUACCGCAGUUUGAGUUUGUUUGGACCAGUGAAGGAGAGAAAGGCUCGGGAAGUCCAGCCAUUUUGGGGCCAGAGGCCGACGGGGGGGAAAAAAAACAACAGUAACUUCCUGGUUCGCGCAGCGUCACCUUCGCCAGCGUUUCCGCCAGUCGCCAUGUCGGUGACGCCGCGACGUGUCCGCCUGAAGCCGUGGUUGGUAGCCCAGGUAGACGGCGGGAGGUAUCCCGGCCUAGAGUGGAUAGACCGCGAAGCAAUGCGCUUCAAGAUCCCCUGGAAGCACGCCACACGACACACGCCUCAGCACGAGGACGAGGACACCAUAUUCAAGGCAUGGGCUGUGGAGACUGGGAAAUUUCAGGAGGGGUCCGACGAACCCGAUCCCGCCAAGUGGAAAGCUCAGCUUCGAUGUGCUCUGAACAAAAGCCGGGAAUUCAACCUCAUUUAUGACGGAACCAAAGAGGUCCCGAUGAAUCCCUUAAAGAUAUACGAUGUCUGUGACAUCCUGCAACCCUUAAGCAACCCAGGUUCUUCAGAUGCUGGUUCUUGGACUCCAGGUGAGGAAGACGGCGCUGAAGAAGAUAUUCCAGACACACCAGAAUCUCUUCCUCCUUACCCAUCCAACGGCACAAGUCCAUCUCCUCUCAUCGUGUGGUCUCCUAUGGGCUCCGAGUCCUCCAUGCCACCGUCUGCAAGUUGCCCCCAGUCUAAUGAAGUGUGGCCCAAAGAGGAACCUAUUAAGAUUUGGCCCAAACAGGAGCCGGCAGAUGUGGAGAUGCAAGCCACACCGCUGGCUGACAUGCCCGCCGCUCCUCUGGCUGACGCCUCCUUGCAGGGGCCCACUCUUACCGACACCCUAUUUGCCUCUCCGGAGAUGUGGAUCAGCUCCUUGCCAAUGACCGACCUGGAGGUGCAGUUCCUGUACCGUGGGAGGGAGAUGUGUCCCACAAUCACCGUCAGCAACCCGCAAGGCUGCAGGCUUUUCUACGGCGGUCUCGGCCCCAUGGUCAACCAGGAGGAGCUUUUCGGACCGGUCAGCCUGGAACAGUUGCGCUUCCCCACCACGGAGAACAUCACCAACGACAAGCAGAGACACUUCACAAACCGCCUCCUGGACGUGAUGGACCGAGGUUUGAUCUUGGAGGUGAGCGGCCACGAUAUCUACGCCGUCCGUCUGUGCCAAUGCAAGGUGUACUGGUCCGGCCCGUGUGCGCCCAACGCCGCGGCGCCGAAUCCUAUCGAGCGGCAGACAAAGGUCAAGCUGUUUUGCUUGGAGUCUUUUCUCAGCGGUGUGAUCGCCCACCAGCGCGGCCAAACCCCCAGUCCUCCGCCGUUUGAAAUUAGCUUAUGUUUUGGAGAGGAAUGGCCUGAUGGCAGGCCAACUGAAAGGAAGCUGAUCAUGGUUCAGAUCAUCCCAGUGGUGGCCCGCAUGAUCACAGAAAUGUUUUCCGGUGACAACACCCGAUCAUUUGACAGCGGCAGCGUGCGCCUCCAGAUCUCAAUCCCCGAUAUCAAAGACAACAUAGUGACCCAUCUGAAGCAGCUCUACUGCCUGCUGCACACCAAUCAGGGCCAGGAGGGCUGGGUUCUGCCUCCCGGCCCCGGCUUGAAUCUCGUCCACGCUUUGCAAGGCCAGUGAGCGAGCAUUUGUCGGGCAACAACAGACAGAAGUCCAAUCUAGAUUUUUAUCAUAAGUCCUAUUCAAAAGUAUCCUAUAGGUAUGUUUUAAUCUCUAUUGUGUUUUUUUUUUUUUUACUUUUCAUGCUCUGCAUCUCUGCACAGUUUGUGUGCAGGAGCGCUACAUGGAUGGGCCAAAGUCCUGCCCGCUGCAAAGGAUAGUUUAGCAGUUAAUGACUUACAGACAUUGCCCUGUGUAUCCGAAAAUGUCAGCGAUCAGUCACCUUACGGGUUCAAACUCACAAAUUUGUAACAGGUGCUUUCAAGCGUGUGAUUUAAACAUCUGGUAGUUUUUUUAUUUUUUAUUUUAUUUUUUUUAUUGUACAGCUCCUCAAAAACCUUUCACUCAACCAUGCUUAAAAGUCGCAAGUUAAACAAAAGUGAAAACAGAGAUGUUAGUCAUUUUAGUUUGGUUUUGUCAUCUUCUGUAUAUUUAGUAUGUGUAUAUGCACAUUUUAAUCCACUAAGUAAUUCUUUAAAUGUGCAGCUUUCUGGAUUUGUCACGAGAUGGAUGCUACAGCCCUCGGGGUGUUGAGCGGUGUUCUAUGUCAUCUUUUACUCAGAUUUUAAGUACAAUAAAAUGUACCAAUAGCUUUAAUUUCAUGGAUUACUUUCACUUUACAGUGUGAAAGGUGAUUUAUGAUCGUUUCAGGUUUUUCUUUUCUGUGAAUGUGGUUGUGGAGCACUGUUGCUCUCUGGUGGUUGAACAACGUAGUCAAAAGUCAUUUGCAUUUUUUAUUUUUUGAGUGCUCUCAGCCCUUGCCAAACCUGUCUUCAUGGGCAUUGGUGUUAAGAAAGUAAGCAAGCAUCUCAACUGAGACAAAGUUUGAAUAUCAGGAUGGAGAAAAAUAAUGCAUAGGCUGCUUAUCUUUGUGUAUUGUAAUGAGUUUGAAGCAAUAUUAAACUUGGGGUAUGUUUUUUU